AUGUCUGUGGUGCAUCAGCUGUCACCAGGAUGGUUACUAGAUCAUCUUUCUUUCAUUAACAACAUAAACUAUCAACUUCACCAGUAUCACGAGCCUUGUUUGACCUCUUUUGGAACCUCUACUACGUUUAUUGCUUUUGACUCUGCCUCUAAGCCAGAUUAUGAUGACAGAGGAAAUAGUGAAGUCUUCAUACAGAAAUAUGUUUUUCGAUCUGAGCUAUUUAAUGUCACCAAACCUUACAUAACUCCAGCUGUUUACAAAGAAUGCCAACAAAGGAAUGAAAAGGAGGAUCCAAUGAGUGGUGUUAAAGAAGAAAACUUCAAUUCUAUUAUUGGAAAGAAGCGUAAAAGAUGUGUUGUUUUCAAUCAAGGUGAAUUGGACGCUAUGGAAUACCAUACAAAGAUCAGGGGACUGAUUUUGGAUGGCUCUUCGGAGUUAAUCCAAGAAGGCCUCAAAAGUGGCUUUCUUCAUCCACUUUCUGAAAAAUGGAACAAGUGUAGUGAGCCCAUUACUUUACCACUUGAUACCUGCAAUUUGUCAGAAUUAUGUGCAAUGGCAAAGCAUUUGCCUUUUUUGAAUGAAACGGAACUGCAGGCAUUACAAUUGACGGAAGAGGAUAUGUCUGUUACAGAACAGGAUUUAUUUUCACGGAUUGUUGAAAACAACUCUAGCUUUACAAAAAUCAUUACGUUAAUGGGACAGAAAUACCUGGUGCCACCAAAAAGCAGUUUUCUUUUGUCUGACAUUUCUUGCAUGCAUCCACUUCUGAACUGUAGGAAAACAUAUGAUGUAAUUGUGAUAGAUCCACCAUGGCAGAACAAAUCAGUUAAAAGGAGUAACAGGUACAGUUAUUUAUCACCGCUGCAAAUAAAGGAGAUACUUAUCCCUAAACUGGCUGCUCCAAACUGCCUUGUUAUUACUUGGGUGACCAAUAGACAGAAGCACCUGCGUUUUGUAAAGGAAGAACUUUAUCCUUCUUGGUCUGUUGAGGUAGUCGCUGAAUGGCACUGGGUAAAAAUCACCAAUUCAGGAGAGUUUGUGUUCCCAUUAGAUUCUCCACACAAAAAGCCUUAUGAAGGUCUUGUAUUGGGGAGAGUUCGAGAAAAAACUGCUGUACCAUUAAGGAAUGCAGAUGUAAAAGUGCUUCCUAUUCCAGAUCACAAGUUAAUUGUCAGUGUGCCCUGUACUCUUCACUCACAUAAGCCACCGCUUGCUGAGGUUCUAAAAGACUAUGUCAAGCCAGAUGGGGAAUGUUUGGAAUUGUUUGCUCGAAAUUUACAGCCGGGUUGGACUAGUUGGGGCAAUGAAGUUCUCAAAUUUCAACACAUGGAUUAUUUUGUUGCUCUGGAGUCUAGAAGCUGA